AUGGCCGGAGGAGAGAAACAUGGGCGGUGGCCCAUUUUCUCCCUCCUCCUCCUCGCCCUCCUUCGCCUUCCUCUUCUCCUCUCCUCCACCACCGCUAAAAAUCCCACCUUUACCCCUUCCGACAUUUACCUCCUCGACUGCGGUGCCCCUAAAAGCGUCCAACUUUCCGACGGUCGCACCUUCCGCUCCGAACCCCAAUCAUCCUCUUUCCUGUCGACCGACGAAGACAUCCGCCUCUCCUCCACCUCUCCUUUACCUUCCCUCUCCCCUCUCUACCAAACCGCCCGCGUCUUCUCCUCAACCUCCACCUACUCCUUCUUCAUCACGAAACUCGGGAUCCAUUUUAUUCGCCUCCAUUUCUUCCCCUUCCCUUCCUCUUCCUGCAACCUCUCCUCCGCCAUCUUCACCGUCAACACCGAAGACUUCGUCCUCCUCCGCGACUUCGUCGUCCCAUCCCCUGCCUCCCCUGUUCUCAAAGAGUACCUCAUCAAUGUCGACAAUGAACGCCUUUACCUCACUUUCAAACCCAAAAAAGGCUCCUUUGCCUUCCUCAACGCCGUCGAAGUUGUGUCCGCGCCGGAAACUCUCAUCCCCACCUCCGCCGCGAGCGUCAGCCCGCAGGAGCAGUUCAGCGGGAUCAACAACUACGCGCUUGAAGUUAUCAGUCGGAUUAACGUCGGUGGGGAUAAGAUUUCAUCGGAGAAUGAUACGUUGGCGAGAGAGUGGCUGCCCGAUUCGUUUCUGAAGCCGCCGGACACGGUGCAGAAAGUGGCUGUGGCGCCCGAGAAGGUUAAGUAUCCUGAAGACGGAACAGUGACGCCGCUUAUUGCGCCGAGGAGCGUAUAUGCGACGGCGGAUAGCAUGAGGGAUGCGCAUGUGUCGGAGCCGAUGUUCAAUAUUACGUGGGAUAUUCCGGUCGACGGCGGCGCAUAUUCGUACCUCGUUCGACUCCAUUUCUGCGACAUUAUUAGCAGGACUCUUAAUUCGCUUUACUUCAACGUUUUCAUCAACAGAAUUUUGGCGAUUCCCAACCUCGAUCUUUCCUCUCUCACAGGUGGGAACCUCUCCAUGGCUUACUAUAAAGACUUCGUCGUCGCUGGAACCACUCUCAUCUCCGGCAACAUCUCCAUCCAAAUCAGCCCACCAGUGAUGAACGACCCCGGUCUCCCCAACGCCAUUCUCAACGGCAUUGAAGUCAUGAAGAUGAGCAACACCGCAGGAAGCCUCGACGGUCUGUAUUCCGUCGACGGCUCCUACCACAGCAAUGAACCCGCUACCACGGCAAAGAUAAAGGUUCUGGUAACCGUCUUUGGUUUGGCCAUUUUUCUAAUGGCAUUGGCGGCGAUUAUGUUUCUCCGGCGUCGCCGGCGGCCAGACGAUUGGGACAAAAAACAUAGCUUUUUUUCUUGGUUGUUGCCUCUUCACGGCAGCCAUUCAGGCCGGCCGGGGUUUAUUAGUAAGUGGAAUGGGAAGGGGAGCACCUCUUCUUCAAAGAAUGGAAAGGGGUUUGGGUCGCAUAAGAGCAAGAGCGGGUAUAAGAGUUAUCUUGCAUCAGGAGGGCUUGGCCUUGGGCGAUUCUUCACCUUCGGUGAGCUCCAGCAAGCCACCUCCAACUUCGACGAGAAGAACGUGAUCGGCGUCGGGGGAUUCGGCAAAGUCUACCUCGGCUUGCUCGACGACGGAACGAAGCUGGCCGUGAAGCGAGGCAAUCCUUCGUCCGACCAAGGGAUAAACGAGUUCCAUACAGAGAUCGAGAUGCUGUCAAAGCUCCGGCACCGGCACCUCGUCUCUCUGAUCGGCUGCUGCGACGAGAACAACGAGAUGAUUCUCGUGUACGAGUACAUGUCCAACGGGCCCCUUCGCGACCACCUCUACCCUUCUUCUCCUUCGUUCACACCUCUGUCAUGGAAGCAGCGCCUCGAGAUCUGUAUCGGCGCCGCCCGCGGCCUUCAUUACCUCCACACCGGCGCUGCCCAGAGCAUCAUCCACCGGGACGUGAAGAGCACCAACAUACUCCUGGACGAAAACCUCGUCGCCAAAAUGUCAGAUUUCGGUCUCUCCAAAGCCGGCCCUUCUUCCCUUGAUCAAACGCACGUCAGCACCGCCGUCAAAGGCAGCUUCGGUUACCUCGACCCAGAGUAUUUCCGGCGGCAGCAACUGACCGAUAAAUCGGAUGUCUAUUCAUUCGGGGUGGUGAUGUUAGAGGUUCUCUGCGCGAGACCGGCGAUCAAUCCGGCGUUGCCGAGAGAUCAGGUCAACUUAGCUGAAUGGGCGAUGCAGUGGCAUCGAAAGGGAAAGGUUCAGAUGAUCAUUGACCCGCAUUUGGUUGCAGGUGUCGGGCCGCCGUCGCUGAACAAGUUUGUUGAGGCGGCCGAGAAGUGCUUGGCGGAUUCCGGCGUUCACCGGCCGACGAUGGGGGAUGUGCUGUGGAACCUCGAGUACGCGCUGCAGCUGCAGGAAGCAUGGAUAGGGCAGUCGUACGAGGACGACGACCCAUCUGACAUCGGCAACGCCGGCGAAAUCCAUGUAGAGCACCUCGACAGCUUGCAAAGAAAGGAAAUUCCGUUCGACGUUGAAGUUGUCUCCGUCGAUUUCUCCACCCCGGCGGAGCCGUCGCCUCUGCUCCACGGGAGGUGAGCAAAAGAUCACCAAGAAGAAAUUGUGAUGGAAAAAGGUGACGCCUUGGAUUUGCAUAAGCCUUCCACAGUGUAAAAGAUAUGGUUUUUUUAUGAUGUGAAGUGAAAGCUGUUUACAUUUUAUUUUUUGAUAAUUUGAUAUCUACAACGAUUUUG